AUGGCCAGCGUGGGGAAACUGAUGGACCUCAGGGUCCAGAGGCACGAGCAGCUGGAGAAGGGAAGGUUGGUGCGAGAGUUCGUAGCGCAGAACAACACAUCCCAGAUCAAGCACGUGAUCCAGAUCCUGUCGCAGGAGUUUGCGCUCUCCCAGCACCCUCACAGCCGCAAAGGGGGGCUCAUCGGCCUGGCCGCCUGCUCCAUCGCCCUGGGCAAGGACUCUGGGCUCUACCUGAAGGAGCUGAUUGAGCCGGUGCUGACGUGUUUCAACGACGCCGAUAGCCGCUUGCGGUACUAUGCGUGCGAGGCCCUCUAUAACAUCGUCAAGGUGGCCAGGGGCUCCGUCCUCCCGCACUUCAAUGUGCUCUUCGAUGGCCUCAGCAAGCUGGCUGCUGAUCCCGACCCCAACGUCAAAAGCGGCUCGGAACUCCUGGAUCGACUGCUCAAGGACAUCGUGACGGAGAGUAACCAGUUCGACCUGGUCAGCUUUAUCCCGCUGCUGCGCGAGAGGAUUUACUCCAACAACCAGUACGCCCGCCAGUUCAUCAUAUCCUGGAUCCUGGUCUUGGAGUCUGUGCCUGACAUUAAUCUCUUGGACUACCUGCCAGAAAUCCUAGAUGGGCUCUUCCAGAUCCUGGGAGACAACAGCAAAGAGAUACGGAAGAUGUGUGAGGUGGCUCUCGGGGAGUUCCUCAAGGAGAUCAAGAAGAACCCCCCCAGCGUGAAGUUUGCAGAAAUGGCCAACAUCCUAGUGAUCCACUGCCAGGCCUCCGACGAUCUGAUCCAGCUGACAGCCAUGUGCUGGAUGAGGGAGUUCAUCCAGCUGGCCGGCCGGGUGAUGCUGCCUUACUCCUCGGGGAUCCUGACGGCCGUCUUGCCCUGCCUCUCCUAUGACGACCGCAAGAAAAACAUCAAAGAGGUGGCAAACGUGUGCAACCAGAGCCUAAUGAAGCUGGUCAUCCCGGAGGAUGACGACGUGGAUGAGGCAAAGCAGCCCGUGCCCGUGCCAGCGGAGUCCGCCUCGGAGGAGGCCCUUUCCAAGGCGGAGGCAGUCUCCGGUGGAUCUCUGGAUGCUUCUAGCGACUCCACCUUCAGCAACGCCAGCGUCUUCGCCGUCACCAGCUCCGAGAGGAUCCCAGUGACCCUGAACCUAGAUGGAAUAGUGCAGGUGCUGGAUUGUCACCUUCAUGACACUUCUAUUGGGAUGAUGACUAGAAUUGCUGUCCUGAAAUGGCUCUAUCACUUGUACAUCAAGACUCCUCGUAAGAUGUUCCGCCACACCGACAGCCUCUUCCCCAUUUUGCUCCGGACUCUAUCAGACGAGUCAGAUGAGGUUAUCCUGAAGGACCUCGAAGUUCUGGCUGAGAUCGCUUCUUCUCCCGCAGGUCAGACGGAGGGACCAGGUGCCUCGGAGGGCACCGAGGUGCGACCGAGCCAGGUAGAGCUCCACGUCCCCGUCAGAGGCAGCCAGCUGAGUUCCUCCGGUACCAAAGGCAUGGAGUGCUCUCCCUCCACGCCCACCAUGAACUCCUACUUCUACAAGUUCAUGAUCAACCUGCUCAAGAGGUUCAGCAGCGAGCGGAAGCUCCUGGAGACGAGAGGGGCCUUCAUUAUCAGGCAGCUCUGUCUGCUUCUAAAUGCAGAAAACAUCUUCCACUCCAUGGCAGACAUACUGCUCCGUGAGGAGGACCUCAAGUUCGCCUCCACCAUGGUCCAUACGCUGAACACCAUCCUGCUGACUUCCUCCGAGCUUUUCCAGCUGAGGAAUCAACUGAAGGACCUGAAGACCCAGGAGAGCCGUAACCUGUUCUGCUGCCUGUACCGUUCCUGGUGUCACAACCCCGUAACCACUGUGUCCCUGUGCUUCCUUACCCAAAACUACAAGCACGCCUACGACCUCAUCCAGAAAUUCGGAGACCUGGAGGUCACCGUGGAUUUCCUCACCGAGGUGGACAAGCUGGUGCAGCUCAUCGAGUGCCCCAUAUUCACAUAUCUUCGCCUGCAGCUGCUGGACGUGAAGAACAACCCCUACUUGAUCAAGGCUCUCUACGGGCUGCUGAUGCUGCUGCCCCAGAGCAGUGCCUUCCAGCUCCUCUCCCACCGGCUGCAGUGUGUGCCCAACCCCGAGCUCAUGCAGACRGCGGAGGGCCCCAAGCCUAGCGCUGGCUCCAAGAGGUCAGUGGCGGCCAGCAUCGACUACACGGAGCUGCUGCAGCACUUCGAGAAGGUGCAGAGCAAGCACCUGGAGGCCCGGCACCAGCGGGCCGGCCGCGGCGAGCAGCUGGAGCGGCGCGUCGUCCUCUGA